UUGUGAAUACAGAAGUGGAGGAAGAUGCACGCCAAUACCUGAUAUUAAACCAAAGAAGGGGACAAUCUUCCAAACUACGAGUGCUCUCUUUAAGACCCAUCGCCGACUCUGUCUGGCUUCUGGAUUCUGCAGAAACAGCAAAACAACCAUAACAACAAUGGCAUUCUCAAGACUCCGUCUUCUUCUCCCAUUCUUGCUCUGCUCCAUUCUUUUUAUCAGUCAUCCAGUCAUUUGUGACGAGGAGGAUACACUUCUUUCAGGCAUUAACAGCUACAGGCAGUCAUUGAAUUUGAAUACCCUUAUGAAGAAUGAUAAUGCAGAAUGCUUUGCUGAGGAAGUAGCUGAUCAAUUUAAGAGUCAGCCUUGUACAAACAGCACGGGCUCCAAUACAGUGCCAGGCACUGAACCUCAGAUCCCCAAAUAUGAAAGUCUUUUGGCUAAAUGUCAUUUGAAUAUCUCCAACACAAAGGAUGGAUCUGUAAUGCCUGCUUGUGUUCCCAACUUGGAUCCCAGUCUUGUACUCACGAACUUUACACAGACCCUAUACUCAGGAAAUCUCAACGACACUAAGUAUACUGGAGCGGGAAUCGGUUCUGAUGGAAACUGGAUUGUUGUGGUUCUGACUACUAAUACAUCUGAAGGAAGCUUUGAGACUUACAAUGCAGCCAGCCUGACAACCAAGAUUGGUCAUAUAUCUCACUUACUGUUUUUGCUGAUGGCUUCUCUCUUCUUGUUGUAAAGUAAGAGAAUGGUUAGCAUUGAUUCACCUGGCUACCUUUUAAUUCUGAAAGGAACUACGGGUGCCUGGCUGCUACUCACGUCCUGCAGAUCAUUGGGUGAGAAGGGGGAAAAAUUAUGCAUUACGUCUGCUUCUUUUGGAAAGUGUUUUACUUUUUCACAACUUGAUGUUUAGUGUUGCCAUUUAUAAUGACAUUUCAGAAUGGAUAGCUGAGACACGUAUUUCUUCAUCUUUGUUUCUUCAUUAAUGUUAUUGACUUCGUAAGGACAUGCUUGUUCUUCUGACAAUAACCCAGAAAGAUGAAUGAAAUGAUCCGUUUCAUCCA